AUGGCUACUACUAGUAAAGGAGCUAAUAAUGAUUAUGAUAUAGAAGCUAUAAUUGAAAAAUGCAACGACAACGACUUACCAAAAUUUAAAAUUUUUCGCAAAUUCAUAUAUGUAUUGGCUGGUAUUUGCUAUGUCUCAUACUCGAUUUAUUUAAUAAUCCAACUUGCAACAGAAUACCCAAUGACAUGGAGAUUUGUUCUUCAGGUUUCUUUGAAAUAUUACGAAGAUUAUUUUCACUUACUGGAUGUCAGUGAGAUGGACAAAGCUGUUCGAUCAAGUCUUGACCUUGGCUGGAACCUUAUACCUGGAGUAAUAGAGCAUGCUUCAUUGAUCAAGUUCAAGUCAAGUAUAUAUAAAAGUAUACCACCUCGGGAUGUUUCUGCCAUCAUUGGACUUGGGCCCAACUAUGCAAUUACUCGGAGAUAUGAUUGCAUAGUCAAUUAUUUUCCCUUUGACCAGAAUCCACCACCUAUGCCAGAUGGAACCAAUGGUUAUUUUUCAGUUGCUGCUGGGGAUUUUGUACAAGAAGAAAUUUCUGAAAAGCGCACAACCACUAUUCUAAGUACCAUUGCAUCAGCUGGUGGUGCCUUUGGUGUCAUUGGCGCCAUUCUUGUGUGUUUAUUUGGAUCCAGAAUUUUGGAUCCAUGGGGUAUUGCAAGAAAAAUUGCAGUGAAUCCAUGGUAUUUGAAAGAUAUUUUGGUAGAUUUUGGAUAUAAAAUGAUAGGAAAACAACCAAAAAGUAGUACAGACAUUUUAAAUGAUGAACAGUUAAAUGCUGCAAUUCCAAGAAAAUUCUUGGAUACUUCAUUUCUUUCAAAUUCUUGA